AUGAUUGGUUCGUCUGGCUUUGUUACUGAACUAAAAGUUUGUUGUGAUAAAUUGGAAUCAGUAGCCAGGCCCAAAGCUUUCAUCCAGUGGGUGUCUCAUCCAGUCAGCUGUAAAGUACGACUCUACAAUAGAUUAUUCAAGCAUGCACAUCCUGAAGAUCCAACUGAAGUUCCAGGAGGAUUUCUUAGCGACUGCAACAGGGAUGCGUUACAUGUGAUAUCCAAUGCUGUUGUGGAUGUGUCUGUAUCAAAAUGUCAGGCUGGCGAUCGAUUCCAGUUUGAAAGAAUAGGCUAUUUUACUCCUCACUAUGACAGCACGCCAGAGAAGUUAAUUUUCAACUGCACAGUUAGACUUCGGGAGGACACUAGCAAAUGACUGUUUGUCACACAAAUGAUGCGUAUGGUUUUGUUGUGAUUUCAAGCAGACAUCUGCAGAUUAAUUUUAUUGUUUUUGUCACGUCUGUUCUUACACUUUGCACUUCACUACUUUGUGAAUCUUUAUAGUCUGUGCAGAUUACUAUUCUUCUAUUUUCUGGCUAUUAUGGACUUAACAUAAUUUGCAAGUCACAGUUGGAUUUGUGUGUGUACACCCAUGUGCAUAGAGAGAUGUUGUCAGUGUUGGUUAGCUAAUCUCUGUAAGCAAUUGGAGCCUUUGCAGUCAU